AUGAUUCUUCCCAACAAUCCUACUCCAAAGGACAUCGCAAAGUUCCGCAGCCGCCUCCCAAAGCCGGGGCAGACAAAUACCACGGGAAAGACGGCGCUUAUGCUUGUAGCUGGGGAAGGUUUGACAGAUUUGGUAAGGGAGUAUGCCGAGUACACUCCUCCUGCGAAAAAGGGCGUACAGCAGCCCAACCCAUAUUUGAAGGCUAGAGAUACCGAGACAUGCGCCACAGCCCUCAUUAUCGCCACAAAGCACCGCCACACAGAAGCAGCGGCCAUCUUGGCCAAGUAUGAAGCAGGCAUACGCGACAGCCACGGAAGAACGGCUUUAAUCUAUGCCGCCAUAGAUGACAAUAUAGAGUUAGUUGCCCUUCUCAUGGACGCAGAGAAAACGGUGGUUGAUAAAUCGGGGAUGACGGCACUUAUGUAUGCAGCCAGCAAAGGAAACCUGCAGACGGUCAAACUUCUUGCACCACUCGAAAAAGGAAUGUAUACACGCAACCAUUUCAAUGACACCAGAGAGCAAAGGGAAGAGACCAGGAGAAGCAUAACGGCCCAACGCAUGGCAGUCAUGGACGAGAUUGCUUGUAAUUUGCUUGACCACAUUGGUGGGCCAAGUGGCCUGCCACCCAUGCACCCCACGCACUCUCCUGGCUUUUCAGUAGGGACUCGCAGAAGUAUGAUGCUAUCGGCCAUUGCUGAUGGAUCAGCGCCACGCUCCACAAGAGCCAGUAUUGACAGCGCUGGAAUUCGAAAGUCAAUGAGCAUUGCUGCAGAGAGUUUGGCAGAAGAUGGCAAAGUAGUCGAGAAUGCUGCUUCGUACACAGCUUUGAUGCUAGCGGCUAAGGAGCAUCAUCCAAUGUGUGUGAAGGUUCUGGUCGACUACGAGGCCGGUAUCAAGGACCAGAUCUUUGAGCAAACAGCGUUAAUGAAGUGUCUCUCGGCCAUGCACAAGUUCAUGUCCAGCGGAUUCCACGAGGAUUAUACCAGUGUAUACACCGAGUUCUAUCAGUGCGCUUCUAUUCUCAUUCAAAAGGGAGGUGCAAAGGGCGAGCUUGGCAUAGUGGAUGUAGAAAGCAGAACAGCCCUACAGCGUAUCUUGAUGCUUCCCGUCGACGACUCCAACAUGGAGGAUAUCAAUGAGCUGAUCCAGCUUGCUUUCAAGGAGUGUCCGCGGGAAUAUACUCUGACUAUAGAAGGAUGUGAGAUCAGAGGAGAAACUGACCUAGUGCAAGUCCUCAAAAAUUUGGAGAACCAUCCAGUAAUAGAGUAA